AAAACACAUUAUUCUGUAUUAAAAGUACAUUUUUAUUAUCAACGAAUGUAUAAAUUAUACAGCCUUGAGAUGUGCUUGCUUAAAGGCAGCCACAAAGCAAGAAACCCGAAACAACCCGAUUAAAAAGAUAAACACCAGAGAGAGAGAGAGAGAAAAAAAUGAUGCAAACAAUAGAAGCAACAACAUUCUGAACCAAAAUUAGUCCUUCGAUCCGAACCCCAGAGUAGGCCCAAAGUCUCGCUUAUCAGUUCAUCAUGUUAGCGGGCACGGAGCACAACAGCCGGGCAUAACCUCAAUGCCAUGGAGAGAGCGAUUAUCAUUAUUGUUUUACUUUGUGACCUGAUCUGUAUGAACAGUGUACGUGAUAAUCCCCUUGCAUCCUGCGCAUUGGAGUCUCUGUAAGGCAACCAGUCAGAAUGCUCUCGCACGGCAAGAGGCUGCUGUGGAGCCGCACGUCAGGGUCAGGCCCGAGACCUGGAUUCUUUUCCACAGACAUUGCCUGAGCUGCUGAGACCCUCCAGCGUUGGGCGUGUUACUCUGGAUUUCCAGCAUCUGCAGACCUUCUGUUUGUGACGGGGGGGGAGGGGGUCGCCGUUUUAGUUUUGAUUGUGGCUGCAGCACCAAACAGCUGUCCUACUAUAUUAGGCAAAUAAAACCCUACUUCUUUGAAAUUAAACUUAUGAUUAGAUAGUGUAUAUAAUAAACGAGAAGGGGCAGGAUAUUUGUUGCACCAAAGGCCAGGCGGGUAGGAACCUUAGACAUCGGACCGUGGAACAGUUUGUUUCCGCCCGGACGGUCCGGAAUGCGACACUGUGGACGCCGCUAGGUGGGAGGGUUGCGGAGAUGGCGGUCGCCGAGCUGCUGAAGACUUUCCUGAUAAACUUCCUGCUCACCGAGCGCUGCUACGAUGAACUCCUCCUGGAGCUGAAUUUCCUGCAUGUUCCGUGUUUGAAAAUCCUCCUCAGCAAGCUCUUGGGGCUGGGAAUCAUUGCGGGAUCGGUGAUGGUGAAACUGCCGCAGAUUUUUAAAAUCCUCCGGGCAAAGAGCACAGCAGGACUGAGCUUCAAGUCGGUCCUGCUGGAGGUGUUAGCCAUCACGGGCACCAUGAUGUACAGCAUCAGAAACCACUUCCCCUUCAGCUCGUGGGGUGAGGCGCUGUUCCUUAUGUUACAGACCCUGACAAUCGGUUUCCUGAUUCAGUACUACACUGGCCGGACAUAUCAAGGCACGAUAUUUUUGUUCAUUUACUCCCUUCUGCUCGGGCUCCUGCUGUCAUCUGUCAUCCCGCUGGUGGCCGUGGCCUUCCUCCAGGCCCUCAACAUGCCUGCCGUCAUCGUCAGCCGGUUGAUCCAGAUCAUCACCAACUAUAGGAAUGGACACACGGGGCAGCUGUCAUCCAUUACUGUGUUUCUGCUCUUUGCUGGCUCCCUCGCCCGCAUCUUCACCUCCAUCCAGGAGACAGGAGACUCGCUGCUGGUCCUCACCUACGUGGUCUCAUCCUCCUUCAACGGGGUCAUUGCUGCUCAGCUCGUCUACUAUUGGGGCAUCCAUCCAGAGAAGGUCAAGAAGGCCGAGUAACUCAAGGAGGGCUGGUACCGGAGCUGAAAUUCACAGGAGAUGACCACGACCCCCACCCAAGCAAACAAACAAAAAAACACACACACACACACACACACACACACACACACAGAUGCACAGCACUGCCCCAGAGACAGGGGCAUAUCUCAAUCAUAGAUACAAUCCUACACACGGACCCUCACUGGGGAAUGGGACCCAUGUACACACACUGACCCUGACUGACAUGUGAGAAUGGCAGGUAUUGUUUGAUUAGGUAAUCUACACUCUGACUUACUGGUGCCCCAGUUAACCUUUCAGGAGCUAGGCUCACUUCGCUGAGUUGGGGGCUUUUGAGUUUGUACAUCAGUGGGCGUUCUUGUUUCUGUAACCCACCUCUUGGGGCUUCCUCUCCAUUGCAGGGGGAGAGUGGGUAGUUGGUGUUGAGUAGGGCUGUAUCAAUGUGUUGGGAUGAGGGUGAGAGUGUGUGAUGACACAUUGCCACAUUUAAUCAGGGACCAGGGCAACACUCCCAUGUUGGGACAGGACUGAAACUCUCUGUUACAUACCUCUCGCUGUCCCAGUGGGCCUGAAUCGAUCACUGUUUUGUCAAUGCUGUCUGUAGAUUAAUUGUGAUUAAAACCAGAUUUUCUUGUGUCACUUGUCAGUGGUGUGUUUGUCCACACAGCCCUGUCAGCCCACCUCUCCUCCACUGUCCAUCCACUUCCAUUUUUCCUUCUCCAUUUCUCUUCUUAAAGAGAAAGAUUAGUUUUUGUCACAUGUACAUCGAAACGUGUCAUUUGCAUCAAUGACCAACACAGUGCGAGAAUUGUGCUUGGGACAAUCCACAAGUGUCGCCAUGCUUCCUGCGAGAAUUGUGCUUGGGACCAACACAGUGCGAGAAUUGUGCUUGGGAUAAUCCGCAAGUGUCGCCAUGCUUCCUGCGAGAAUUGUGCUUGGGACCAACACAGUGCGAGAAUUGUUGACUGUCUGUCUGUCCUGCUGUGUUCCUCCAGCAUUUUACCUCAUUAUGAUCUUACACUUUAUCGUUACCUGCACUGCGCUAUUUCAGUGGCUUUAUUCCACAUUGUUGUCGGUUUACCUCAAUACACUGUAUAAUGAAUUGGACUAACUAUAAACAGUAUGU